UUCUGCAGCUUGCUUUGUUUUAAGGAGCGAGGUUCCAGGGGCUUCUUGGUUUUUAAGUUCUGGAGCAGGGACCGCAGGGGAUUUAGCAAAGCCAUGCCCGAACCGCUCAAAAAAGCAGCGUCAGCAUUUACCAAGAAACCAAAAACCCUCGAGGUGACCGCAGGGAGCAGUGCCAAGUUCGUGGCUGAAACUGGCAAGGCAGAUGCCAAAGUGAAAUGGCAAAGGGAUGGCAAAGACAUUCAAGCAAGUGAUAAGUAUGUGAUUAAAUCGGAAAGUGUGCACCACACGCUUACUGUGAACAGUGCAACGAAGGAGGAUGAGGUGGUGUAUGCAGUCAUUAGUGGCACAUCCAAAGUGAAAUUUGAACUGAAAGUCAAGCAGGAAGAGCGAAAAGAGACAACAGGAGCUCGAACCGAGACACCAGCAGCACCGGCAGAACAAAAAGAGGAUGGCUCAGCAAAUAGUGCAGAACAUGGACUUGUUGCUGAGAAAGGUGAAGAUGAACCAACAAAAGCAACAUCAUCAAUGACAGGAGAUGAAAAGCCUUCCGAUUCUGCAUUGGCCAGGAAAGACUCGGUAUGGUCCUGUGGCGAAGCAGCUACAGAGGAACUUGCUAAACUUGAUGAUUCGACACGGUCCACCCUGUUCAUCGAGAAACCUCAGAACGGGACCGUCACUGUUGGUGAGGAUAUCUCUUUUGUGGCAAAAAUUGAAGCCAAGGACCUUUUGCGGAAACCAAACUGCAAGUGGUUCAAGGGGAAAUGGUUGGACCUUGCAAGCAAAGCCGGGAAACAUCUGCAGCUGAAGGAAUCCUUUGACAGAAACACCAGGAUUCACACCUUUGAGAUGCACAUUAUCAAAGCGAAGGAGAAUUAUGCUGGAAACUACCGCUGUGAGGUGACUUGGAAAGACAAAUUUGACAGCUGUACCUUUGACCUGGAAGUAAUAGAGGCUCCAGAGGUUCAGCAGAUUGAUAUCCGCACUGCUUUUAAACGCAGGGCUGCACCAGUAAGCGGUGGUGAAGGCCAGGACGAUGCGGGAGAGCUGGAUUUCAGCGGGUUGCUAAAACACCGGGAGAUGAAGGAAGAGAGCACCGAGCCUGCCGUUGAUGUUUGGGAGCUGCUGAAAAAUGCUCAGCCACAUGAGUAUGAAAAGAUAGCCUUUGAAUAUGGCAUCACUGACCUCAGGGGUCUGCUAAAACGCUUGAAGAAGAUAAAGAGGGAAGAGAAAAAAAGUGCUGCUUUUGCAAAGAUUCUGGAGCCUGGCUACCAAGUUGAGAAAGGUGACAAGAUCAGGUUCGUCGUGGAUUUGGCAGAUCCAACCGUUGACCUGAAAUGGUAUCGCAAUGGUCAAGAAAUCCGACCUGGUCCAAAAUAUAUCUUUGAACACAAAGGAACAUUGCGAAUGUUAACAAUCAAAAACUGCACCAUGGCAGAUGAUGCAGCGUACGAGGUAUCAGCUGGGAAUGAGAAAUGUGCAACAGAAUUGUUCGUCAAAGAGCCUCCUGUUUUAAUCACACGCGAGCUGGAGAAUCGGAAUGAGCUGGUUGGUGAGAGGGUGGAAUUGGAAUGUGAAGUGUCAGAAGAUGACGCACAAGUGAAAUGGUUUAAGAACGGGAUUGAACUUGGGGCUUCACCUAAACAUCGCUUUCGGACUGAAGGAAAGAAACAUUGGCUCAUCAUCCCAGAAGCCUCCAAGGCUGAUUCUGGAACAUAUUCAGUGAAGACGACAGGGGGCCAGUCUUCAGCAGUGCUGAAAGUUGAGAUGAAACCUCUGAAGAUAUUGCAGGAUCUCACCGACCAAGUUGUACGAGCUGGUCAACAGGCUGUACUUGAGUGUGAAUUGUCGGAAGCAAACGUGGGUGGAAAAUGGUACAAGAAUGGUCAACUGAUCUAUCCGAGUGAACACAUAAAGAUAACUCACCGAAAAAAAGUACACAAGCUGGUGGUGGAAAAGAUGGGUUUGGACGAUGAUGGUGACUACACUUUCAUCCCUGACGGUUACUCAAUGCAACUGGGAGCUAAGCUUCGAAUGAUUGACCCUCCCAAACUUCAUCUUGACCAUCUUGCCAAGACGCCUGAGAUUGUGGUGGUAGCUGGAAAUAAACUUCGGCUGGACAUUCCCGUCACAGGAGAACCAAUGCCAAAGAUUGUGUGGAUGAAAGGUGAAAAAGCAAUUUUGGAGACAGGGAGCCGGGUCAGAGCUGAAUCAUUCACUGAUCACACCUCAUUGGUCAUUGAUCUCGCUGAGAAAGAUGACUCAGGCCCAUACAAGAUUAUGGUACAGAAUGAAGCUGGGGAGGACAGCGCUCAGCUCAAAAUAAAGGUGGUUGAUGUUCCUGAUCCCCCUGCACCGCCGAUUGUAACUGAAGUUGGAGGUGACUGGUGUUCAAUGACGUGGAAUGUUCCUGACUACGAUGGAAGCUCCCCGAUUUUAGGGUACAUCAUUGAGAGGAAGAAGAAGCAAAGCUCUCGAUGGAUGAGACUUAACUUUGAACUGUGUAAAGAAAUUACCUUUGAACCCAAGAACAUGAUUGAAGGGGUUCCUUACGAAGUGCGAGUGUUUGCUGUCAAUGCCAUUGGAAUGUCCAAACCCAGUGAGCCGUCAAAAGCAUUUGUUCCCCUUGCCCCAACCAGUGAACCUACACUUCUCGCUUGUGAUGGUGUGACAGACAACAGUAUAUCACUCAAAUGGAGGCCCCCUGAACGUAUCGGAGCAGCGGGACUAGAUGGCUACCGUAUUGAGUACUGCCUGGAAGGAACAAACGAGUGGAUUGUAUCGAACCCCGAGCUGACAGAUAAAACCAAGUACACCAUUAAUGGCCUGCCGACUGGAGAGAAGAUCUUUGUGAGGGUAAAGGCCGUGAACGUGGCUGGAGAAAGCCCCCCAGUCUGUAUGACCACAGCCAUCCUGGUCAAAGAGGUAGUGGAACCUCCGAAGAUUCGUCUUCCUCGGCAGCUGAAGCAAACGUACAUUCUCCGGGUCGGUGAGCCCCUGAAUCUCCUGAUCCCUUUCCAGGGUAAACCCAGGCCAAAGGUCACCUGGACAAAGGAUGGCGCUCCUUUGGAUUUAAGUACAAUUAAUGUUCGCAACACGGAAUCAGACACAGUGCUCUUCAUCCGCAAAGCUGAGCGUAAAAACUCAGGCCAUUACGAGCUAACAGUCCAAGUGGAAAAGCUUGUGGACAAAGCUACAAUAAUCGUUCAGGUUGUUGAGAAACCUGGUCCACCAAUGAUGGUGAAGAUAGUCGAUAUUUGGGACACUAAUGUGGCAUUAGAGUGGACACCACCAAACGAUGAUGGGAAUGCCAAUAUUACAGGUUACACCAUUCAAAAAGCUGAUAAAAAGACCAUGGAUUGGUACACAGUGGCUGAACACUACCACCGAACCAACUGCGUCAUACCCGAACUCAUCAUUGGAAAUGAAUAUUACUUCAGAAUCUUUUCCGAGAAUAUGUGCGGACUGAGUGAUGAUGCCACAAUCACGAAGAACAGCGCCAUGAUCCAGAAGGAUGGUUUGAUAUUAAAGCCUCCCAAGUACAAUGACUUUGACUUUGAGGAAGUGCCAAAGUUUACCCAUCCUCUGGUCAACACUGUAGCAGUGGCUGGAUACAAUGCAACUUUGAACUGUAGUGUCAGAGGCAACCCCAAGCCUAAAAUAUGUUGGAUGAAGAACAAGAUAAUAAUUGAGAAUGACCCUCGAUAUCGAAUGUUCUCCAACCAGGGAGUAUGUACUCUGGAGAUCCGCAAACCCAGUCCAUUUGAUGGUGGGGUGUAUAGUUGUAGAGCUGUUAAUGCCCUUGGUGAGGAUGAGGUGGAAUGUAAGAUGGAGGUCAAAGUUGCGCAGUAAGGAUUUGUGAUUUAUAUAUGUUCAUCCAGGUGGCUUUUCAUUUCAAGAGCUCUUGAUGCGGGGAGUGCCUCUGAAUAUCAUAGACUCGUACAGGGACUCGAAGAAUAUUUUACCCCCAAAAUAAGGAUGCUUAUAACAAUGUGCACUGUGAAUUGUGCUUGUUCUUUUCUCAACUCAGAAUGUGAUUGUAGAUUAUUUUUAGAGUUUGACAAGUACUUCUGAUGUGCGAUCCUGAUUUGCAAUGUUUUGGGCUUGGAAUGAUCUAUAGAGUUGAUGAGCAGAGUUUUAAUAUAUUAAUGAUUACACAUGUAACCAUAACUGAAUGGUUUGUUCCUCUUCCCCACCUACAAUGGCCCCAAACCCCACCUCUUCCUCCGUUACAUUGAUGACUGUAUCGGCGCCGCCUCUUGCUCCCCAGAGGAGCUCGAACAGUUCAUCCACUUCACCAACACCUUCCACCCCAACCUUCAGUUCACCUGGGCCAUCUCCAGCACACCCCUCACCUUCCUGGACCUCUCAGUCUCAGCUCUGAUGAAGGGUCUAGGCCCGAAACGUCAGCUUUUGUGCUCCUGAGAUGCUGCUUGGCCUGCUGUGUUCAUCCAGCCCCACAUUUUAUUAUCUUGGUUUGUUUGGGGGACUAGGUUUGAGUAUAACUUCUAAUUACAAAUCAAUGCAGUCAUUAAUAUGAUAUGAAACAAGGUGCUGAGUGCUGUCUGUUGAAUUGUGAUGAUGGUGGCAUAGCGGUAGUGUCACUGGAUUAGUAAUCCCAGGGUUCGGCUAAUGCUUUGGAAACAUGGGCUCCGUGUCACAAGGCAAUUUUUUAAAAUCUGGAGUUUAAUUGGGCAAGUUAGUCUCAUUCUGACAAAGUAACCAAUGUCAAUUGCUACACAAAACUGCCUUGUUGACUAAUGCCAUUUAGGGCAGGAAUAUGCUCUCCUGGCAGACACGUGACUCCAGAUUCACAGCAAUGUGGUAGACACCUAAAUAUCCUCAAGGGGCAAUUAGGGAUGGACGACAACAUGCCAAUCUUGCCACCAAUGUCCAGUGGGAUAUCAUUGCAAUCAUCUUACAGCCUACUAAUACUCUAUUCAGCUCAACAAUAGCCCAAAGUUACAAGUUGUUCUCAACUUUAUAGUGUUACGUUCUAGAAGCUGCACAUUUGUGUUACGUAUUGGUAAUUGCUCAUGUUUAAAAAUUCAGAUGUUAAGAUCGGCACGGAUGAAUGUGUUUGUUUGAGGAUAUAUUUAAUAACUCCUUUUAUCCUGGCCCAUCAUUUGAUAUUUCUGUUAGUUUGUCACAAGGUGUUUAUCGUGUGCAGAUCCCACUGGAGAUCUCUGCUUCUGUUAAAUGCACUGUCAUGUGUUUGAUCUGCAUUCACAAACUAUGUUCUUAUUAUGUUCCGUUGUAUCUCUUCAAAGGAAUCAGAUUGCAAAUGAUGAGACGGUUUACAAGGUGCUGUAAAGUGCAACAGCAUCAUUAUUGCAUGAAGAUGUGUUUUGAAAAUGCUCAAUAAACAUUCAUAUCAUAAGUAGCUGAA